ACCGUUGAUUAGGAAGUUUGAUCCCAACUCUUUCCUUGUACUUGCCCGCACCUCACCAUUUCUAGAAACCAACCUUUUUCUUUUUCAAAUAACUCUGCCAUGUCCUCAGUACUCACACACAAAGAGAGAUUCUUCUUCUUCUUCUUAUGGUUGCAGCGAAGUGUGGCGUUUUCCUCUUGACUGAUAUUUCUCUUACCUUUUCUUCCUGGGUUUAUAUCCCCGGCAACGCGAUCCACCCAGCUCGCCGGAUAUUGAGGAACCCGUGUUCGCCGGAAAAUGACUUCAGACGGCGCGACUUCGACUUCGGUGGCUCCGAGGAGGAAGCCGUCAUGGAGAGAGCGAGAGAAUAAUAGGAGGAGGGAGAGGAGGAGAAGAGCCAUAGCUGCUAAGAUUUUUUCAGGGUUGAGAGCUCAAGGGAAUUACAAUUUGCCUAAACACUGUGAUAAUAAUGAGGUCUUGAAGGCUCUGUGCAUCGAGGCUGGUUGGGUCGUUGAAGAAGAUGGCAACACCUACCGUAAGGGAUGCAAGCCACCCCCAAUUGAUAUUGUAGGCGCCUCUGUAAGGAUUACUCCGUACUCUUCACAAAAUCCGAGUCCUUUAUCCUCAGCAUUUCCUAGUCCAAUUCCUUCCUACCAAGUUAGCCCCUCCUCCUCUUCAUUCCCUAGCCCAUCUCGAGUUGAGAAUAAUGCUUCUUCUAAUCUCCUUCCCUUCCUCCAAAAUGCCAUUCCCUCAUCUCUCCCUCCUCUCCGAAUCUCCAACAGUGCACCCGUAACUCCUCCGCUCUCAUCUCCAACCACAAAAAAUCCCAAGCCAAUUCCCAACUGGGAGUUCAUUGCCAAACAAUCCAUGGCCUCAUUAAAUUACCCUUUCUAUGCUGCAUCUGCCCCAGUUAGCCCAACUCAUCGUCAAUUUCAUGCGCCAGCCACCAUACCUGAAUGUGACGAGUCUGAUACAUCCACUGUUGAGUCUGGUCAAUGGAUAAGCUUUCAAAAAUUUUCACCUUCUGUAGCUGCAAUGCCAACCUCUCCAACCUAUAAUCUUGUGAAACCUGUGGCUGAGCAAAUUUUGUCCAGCAAUGUGAUCAAAGAGAAUGGGAGGAGCAUGGAGUUUGAGUUUGGGAGUGGACAGGUGAAACCAUGGGAAGGAGAAAGGAUUCAUGAAGUAGGUUUGGAUGAUCUAGAGCUCACACUUGGAAAUGGGAAGGCUCGGAGUUAGGCUGAGCUGAUAUUGCUUGUGGAGAUCAUGGUGAGGACAUGCUUGAAUCAAAGAGGAGAUGCAGUGAGGAGAUGUUGGGAACUAGAAGAAAUAUUCUUAAUCCAGUUGUGGUACAUUGAGCAUGUGUGGAAGAAUGUUUGCGGUCCAGAUCUCCAUUAUUUCUUUGGUGGGAAGUUCACACACUGAACAAAUAUUGUUUCUUAGUAGGAAUUAAAGUUACAUGUCUAAUUUUAUGUUCAUUUAGUUGCAUUCUCUUUUACUCAUUUGAAAGUAACAAUUGCUAGUUGAGUUGUUUGGAAUGUCUUCACAAGCAUUACAUGUAGAUAAUGUGGGAUAUUUCUGGGAUUGAGGAGUUUCCUCUUCCUUAAAAGACUUCCAUCAGACCUGAUAAAAUGAAAUUAUUUGUUGAUGGCUUACCGUAUCAA